AUGUCCCCCAGCGAGAAACAAGAGUAUCCUACCGUCAAAUCCGAGGACGAGUGGCGCGCAGUGCUCUCGCCUCAGCAGUUCAGAGUCCUGCGCGAGAAGGGCACCGAGCGUCCGUUCACCGGCGAGUACGAAUACCACCACGAAAAGGGAAUCUACAACUGCGCAGCCUGCAACUCGCCGCUCUACGAGUCCUCUGCUAAAUUUGACUCGGGAUGCGGGUGGCCGGCGUUUUACCAGGCGAUCCCGGGCGCGAUCAAACGGUUUGAGGAUCGUAGUUUCGGCAUGGUCAGAAUUGAGAUGGUCUGCGCAAACUGUGGUGGGCACCUCGGACACAUCUUCCAGGGAGAGGGAUACAACACCCCCGUCGACGAACGGCACUGCGUGAACAGCAUCAGCAUGAAAUUCGUCCCCGAGGACAAGUAA